UCGGCAGAAGCGAAGGGACAGCCAUGACCCCGUGUGCAGGAAGUGGGCUGCGGCGACUCAGGGGUUAAUCCAACCACAUUCACACAUGCUGCACUUUUUGUACGUUUCCGCGUUGUCACCAUUUCCGCUCCCCGUCCCAGAGCCGAUCUGCUGAGUCCGACCAUGGGGGACCCCGAGACAGCGGAGGAGCCCAGCGCCCCCAGAUCCGCCCUCAGCGCCAUCAUCCCGGGGAAGGAGUUCCUCACCUCCCGCAAGGGGCAACUUCUGCUGGCAGAAUGGGUCGUGUCUUUUCUCACGUUCAUCUGUUACGUGGCAUCGACCGCCGUCGGUUUGAUGACCGUGCCGCUCCUAGAGUUCCUCUGGGCUCUCUUUACAUUCUUUGCAUAUUCCACAAAACUGAAUGAGCAGCUGAAGGGGAUCCUGUGGCCUCUGUUGGAUUUCAUUCGCUGCGUGUCCGCCGCCAUCAUCUACUUCGUGGUGUCUCUCGUAGCCGUGUCCAAAUACUCGUGUGGAGCGUCCAAAGCUGCCGCGGUUCUAGGUUUUAUAGCAACAAUUGUUUUUGCGAUAGACUUCUACAUUAUCUUCAACGACCUCAUCAAGUUCCUGAAGAAAGGCGAGUCCAGUGAGGACGGACCUCCGCAGCAGAAGUCCGAUGAUGACGACUUUGACUCCGAUUCCGACUGAGCGCGCUUUCCUCGCCUGCCAGAGGCCGCGCUGGUUCUGCGCCACGAGGAGGAGG